AUGAAUGAAAAACUUAUUCUUAUAUUGAAAUUAUUUUUCUUUUUUAACAUUACAAAUUUUAUUGAAGGUAAUUUAAUUAUUUCAGCCGAAAAAAGUGAAAGUGAUUAUAUUUCUUUAGAUGCGAAUAAUAUAAAUGAUUUCAUUGAUAUCAAGGAAAAUAAACUUUUAUUUAAUUUAACAUGUAAAACUUCAAACGCAUUAAGUAAUAUUAAGGAUAGCUUUUUAAACAUAUUAUAUUCUAUAGAUGUAUUUGAUGCAUUUAGACUUGAAGAUUUUAAUUCUGAUGAUGUGGAGAAGAUUGAAAAGGAAAUUGAAAAGACGUGGGACAAAGAAAAUAAAGAGUUUCUUUUUGAAACUAAAAAGUUAAUACAGAAGUAUAAAGACAAUGACGUAUUUAUUUUACAAAUUGGUUUAAAUAGUGUAUCCUCCUUAAUUCUUAACAAACAUGAAAAUGUAAUAUUUAUAGAAGAAAAUAAGAAUAUUUGCAAAAAAUACUUUCUUCAUAAAUCUAACAGGUGCUUAUUGCUCUUGAAAGGAAUGGAAUUUUAUUGUAAAAAUAAAAACCAAUCUACUGAAAAUUAUUAUAACGAUGUAUAUGAGACAUUAGAUCUAAUUACGAAGAUAUAUCAAAAUAAAAACAAUCAAACAAUAGAUAUUAUUAUUAUAAGCCAUAAAUAUCCAGUAGCUUUACUUUAUUAUGUAUAUCCAUAUUUAGAUUCAUCGACACUUGUUAUUUUAAUGGAUAACUUAAAUCAUAAAAUGAAAACAGCCAUUUUUGAGUACUAUAAUUUUGUUGGAGAAGCUGAAUUCACAAAAAGUUUUGAAAAACAAUAUUUUAAUAAAUAUAAUACAAAAGACAAAGAUGAAAACGAGCAUGAGGGAGAAGAUUACAAACUAAAUGAAGACAUAUACAUUUAUAAUAAAAUGAAAAAAUCUCCAUUUUAUAUUGUUACAUUACAUCCUAAAGUGUUACUCAAUCCACCAGAAAAGUAUUAUGAAAAUUUUAUUUCUGACGAAUAUACUUCAUCAUAUGAGACAGAAAUAACUCGUUUAAUAAAUGAUAUAAAAAAAAUUCUAGUAUCAAAUAAAAAAUUUUAUGAUAAGCAUAAAAUAGAAGUUUCUAAUUACUUUACUAUUAUAAAUGACUUUGAAUUUGAUGAUGAUAGCAAUCAUUUAAAAGAGGAAAUAACAAAUAUAUUAACUUUAAUAAUUAAUGCAUUUACAAAUGUUAAUGGCAUAGAUGAAAAUAAUUAUGAAUUUGCUUUACUUAAGUUAAAAAAUAUAUUUGAAAUUAUGCUAUUAUACGUUUAUGAAAAUUCAAAGUUCAAAGCUCUUUUUAAGCCUUUAAUUGAUUUUUUUAAUUUAUAUAUAAAUAAAAAUGAUCAUAAUUACAUUAUAUAUCAACAUCUCGUCUAUGGAUUAAUUCAAAGUUCAUUUGAAGUGGAAUCAUAUGAAUUAAAAGAAUUACUAUUUCUCAAUAUCCUACGAGAUGUAUCAAAAAAAAUUAGCAAAUUAUCAAUCAAUGAAGUCAUUGAUUUAGUUAUUAAACUAAAUAUGAUUCUUAAAAAACUUAGGUCAAGGGAAGAUAUUCAGCAUGUAAAGGAGUAUGCUAAAAGGUAUUUUAACGUGGAUUAUAUUAAUAACGAGUUAUAA